AUGGAGAGCGAUUGUAUUGAGGACAUGGACAUUGAAGUUCUCCCUUCAAUGUGGCCUGAAGAUAUUGGAACUGAUGUUGGAAAACAGUUUAAUAUAGAAAAGCCUGGAAGGGACCAAGAUAUGUUAGAGGAGGUUACAAUCAUAGAGGAGCCAACUAUAGCUGAUUUUAAGCGUCUUAUGGAGCUUACAAAUUUUACAGAGAAGGGUUCUUCUCAGUUGGCGUAUCUUAUGAAACACUGGGAGUAUAAGCAGGCCAAUAUUGUACGUCUACUCAGAGAAGAACUUGACAACCUAAGCAAGCAGAGGCAGGAUGUUGAACUCAGGAAGUUGGAGAUAUUGGAAGAGCAUCGAUUUGAGGAAGAAAGAUAUGGGGGUGAUAAACGCCCAGUUUCUAUAUUGGAUGAUAUUUAUGAUAUAUGGCAAGAUGUACCAUGCAGGAAAAGUGAUGAUGUUGUGGUUCAAAACAAGAGAAUUGAAAUUGAUGCUGAGUAUGAUACCGUUAUAUACUGGAAACAGCGAGCCAUGCAUUUAGAAAAGUUGCUGGAGGCAAGUAUCCAGAGAGAACAGAUACUUGAAGAAAAGUUACAAGAAAGUAUAAAGAACAUUGAAAGGCAAUCCUCACCGGUUGAAGAACUCUCCCAGAUCCUGAAGAGGGCUGAUAAUUUCUUACAUUUUAUACUCCAAAAUGCACCUGUUGUUAUUGGCCAUCAGGACAAAGAAUUGCGCUAUCGCUUUAUCUAUAAUCAUUUUCCAAGUUUACAAGAGGAGGAUAUCAUUGGAAAAACGGAUGUUGAAAUAUUCACGGGAUCUGGUGUUAGGGAAUCUCAAGAUUUUAAGAGAGAAGUUUUGGAAAAAGGAUUACCUGCAAAAAGGGAAAUCACUUUUGAGACGGAACUAUUUGGAUCAAAGACAUUCUUGAUAUAUGUAGAACCAGUCUUUAGCAAGGCAGGAGAGACACUUGGAAUAAAUUACAUGGGAAUGGAUAUAACAGAUCAGGUGAGAAAAAGAGAAAGGAUGGCAAAGAUUCGGGAAGAGAUUGCAGUUCAGAAAGCCAAGGAAACAGAACUGAAUAAGACCAUUCACAUUACAGAGGAAACCAUGAGAGCAAAACAAAUGCUGGCAACAAUGUCUCAUGAGAUAAGAUCUCCACUGUCUGGAGUUGUUAGCAUGGCUGAAAUUCUUUCUACCACAAAACUUGAUCGGGAGCAAAGACAGCUCUUGGAUGUCAUGCUAUCUUCAGGAGAUUUGGUUCUUCAACUUAUAAAUGACAUACUUGAUCUUUCCAAGGUUGAAUCAGGAGUUAUGAAGUUGGAAGCUACCAAAUUCCGGCCAAGAGAGGUAGUAAAGCAUGUACUCCAGACAGCUGCAGCAUCAUUGCAGAAAAUAUUAACGUUAGAAGGACAUGUGGCAGAUGAUGUACCUAUCGAGGUGAGGACUUGUGUCAUAGGUGACGUUUUAAGGAUUCGGCAAAUUCUCACGAAUUUAGUCAGCAAUGCCAUCAAGUUUACCCAUGAAGGCAAAGUUGGGAUAAACCUUUACGUUGUGCCUGAGUCAACAUUUGCAAAAGCAGAAGGCGUCCAAAAGAUGACUCCAAACCACUCAACUAUUUCAGUGAAUGGAGUGAAAGAAGAGAAAUAUCUCCAAAACCAUGCAAUUAAUUGUGAAUGUAGAUAUCCAGUUAAAAGCGAAUGCUCAAUGAGCGGAGACACUGAGGAGCAACCUCAUUCAGCUGAAGGAACAGUGUGGAUACGUUGUGAUGUAUAUGACACAGGCAUUGGAAUACCAGAAAACGCUAUACCUACUUUGUUUAAAAGGUACAUGCAAGUUAGUGCAGACCAUGCUAGAAAGUAUGGUGGCACAGGGCUAGGACUAGCAAUAUGCAAACAACUGGUUGAGUUAAUGGGGGGUCAUCUAACAGUGUCUAGCAAAGAACACCAUGGUUCUACCUUCACGUUCAUACUCCCAUACAAGGUUUCAAUCGUUUGUGAUAAUUCUGAUGAGUCAGAUGUGGAGAAUAAUGAUGCCGUGUCUGAUGAUACAACAGAGGGUUUCUUCCAAUUCCAUCCACGCACUUUGGGCUCUCUUUUCUCUUCUAAUGGAUCUAGCAGGACCAAGAAGUUAUUACCACACAAAAUUGAGUACAUAAGCUCACAUGAAUUCAUUGGGUUUUCAGAGAGUUCAUACUCAUUGCCCUCUAAGGACAUCAUUUCAAAAGGGACAUGUUCAGUUGAUGAUGCAUUUUCAAUGGUUGAUGCUCCAGAGAUGUCUGAAUCAGCUUGUUCAAAUGGUCACAGCUCAGAAGCAAAGAGUGAAAGUUUAGUUAACAGAGACAAACAGCAUCAAGAUAAGCCUCAUGCUUGGUCCCAGAAUGGGAGUGCAGAUUCUUCUCAACCUACGGCAAACACAACUACUACCAAAUGUGUUACUAGCAGCAGUGCAUCAGAAGUAACCAAAUCCAAGUUAAAGCCUAAGAUCCUUCUUGUUGAAGAUAACAAGAUUAAUGUCAUGGUGACACAAUCCAUGAUGAAGCGGUUAGGUCAUAGCAUAGAUGUUGUAAAUAAUGGAGUGGAAGCAGUAAAUGCAGUUCAGAGCCGCUCUUACGACCUGGUUCUGAUGGAUGUUUGCAUGCCAGUUAUGAAUGGUCUUCAAGCAACAAAACUUAUCCGGUCUUUCGAGGAAACAGGCAAUUGGGAUGCUGCAAGAAAUGCUGGAAUUGAGCUAAGUCAACCAGAUCCAGAUUAUGAAUGUUCUGUAACAUCUACAAAGCGGAUCCCCAUUAUUAUGACAGCAAAUGCUUUGUCAGAGAGUGCAGAAGAGUGUUUUGCAAAUGGUAUGGACUCAUUUGUGUCAAAACCUGUGACUUUCCAAAAAUUAAAAGAGUGUCUUGAACAAUACCUAAGGUGA